UUCCUUUCACUCAUUUUUCUUUUAAAAAAUAUAUAUCUCCAUCUGCCCCCUCUUUAUUAUCAGUACCGAUCUCCUUUGGCUGUCACAACUUUCUAGCUAUGGAGCUUUUCUCAGUCUUAUCCUUCAUCUUCCUUCUGAUCUUUCUCUACCACUACUUCUACUCUUCUGGUAACAAUACUGGAUUCAAAAACUACCCCAUUGUAGGAACCCUACCAGAAAUCAUUAAAAAUAGUCACAGAUUCUUGGACUGGGAAGCCGAAGUCCUGGCCAACUGUCCCACAAACACCGCCGUCCUCCACCUUCCCGGAAAAACCAGAGUCAUAACGGCGAAUCCCUUAAAUGUGGAUUACAUUCUGAGGACCAACUUCGAGAACUACUCUAAAGGCGAGGAGUAUCUAUUCCUGCUCGAGGACUUCCUCGGCCGAGGAAUCUUCAACUCCGACGGCAAGCUAUGGAAAGUCCAGCGGAAGUUGGCGAGCUACGAGUUCAACUCCAAGUCCCUGAAAAACUUCUUCAUGGAAAAGGUCGUUAUGGAGAUCAAGACAAGAUUGCUCCCACUUCUUGAAAAAGCGGCUGAAAAGGGUCUUGUUUUGGAUAUGCAGAACGUGGUGGAGAAAUUCUCAUUUGAUAAUAUUUGCGAGCUUGCUUUUAGCUUCGACCCGGGUUGUCUCGGCGCUGAUGGAAGCUCCCACCCCGGCGUCGAGUUCAUGAAGGCUUUUCAGGAUGCAGGCGAGCUUAUCGCCAGUAGAUACCGGUACUUCAAUCCUUCUAUAUGGAAGUUAAAAAGGUUCUUCAACAUAGGAUCGGAGAGAAGCCUACGAGAAUCAAUCUCCACCGUCGACAAAUUUAUAUAUGAUAUUAUCCGACCGAGAAUUGAUCAAGCCAAUGAAGAAGACAACAAAGAAAAAGCUGAUUUACUUUCUCGAUAUAUUGAGAGCAAUAUCGAGAACGGGUCGCCGGAGUUUCUCCGAGAUGUCAUGAUUAAUACCAUUGAGGCGGGACAAGGUUCGACGGGAUCGGCUUUGUCCUGGUUCUUUUGGGUCUUAUCAUCCAGAAAGGACACUCAGGAGAAGAUCCUGAACGAGCUCAAAACAAUUCGGGCUCGAAACGGGACAGAUAUUGGCGAAACGUUCAGCUACGAGGAGCUCAGAGACAUGCAGUAUUUGCAUGCAGCUUUUUUGGAGUCGAUGAGGCUUUACUCGCCGCUUCCUGUCAACACGAGGAAGUGUGAAAACGACGACGUAAUGCCCGACGGAACCUUUGUAAAGAAGGGUUGGUUCGUGUCGUAUGAUAACUACGCCAUGGCAAGGCUGGAGAGGAUUUGGGGGAAGAAUUGUGCAGAGUAUUACCCGGAGAGAUGGCUUGAUGAGGAUGGAGUUUGUCGACAAGAAAGCCCGUGUCGGUACGUGGUCUUUCAUGCCGGACCAAGAAUUUGUCCGGGAAAAGAGAUGGCUUAUAUUCAGAUGAAGGCUGUUGCAGCUUCGAUUAUUGAGAGGUUUGAGAUCAGCAAACUACAGGAUAAGGAGAAGCUUAGUGGAGGGCACUUAAUGUCGUUGUCCUUUAGAAUACAAGGUGGUGUGCCCGUCACAGUUAGGAAAAGAUUAUGGGGUGAGGAAAUUUUAGAAUAAAUUGUUAUUACUAUUUUUUUGUUCUAAUAUGGUUUUAGCUCUUGUAAUAAGUGGGAGGCAUAUGCUGUUCACACUGUGUCGAAAAAAAUAAUAUUG